AUUUUUUUUAUUUUUCUUUAAAAAAAAAAAAGAAACUACAUAUUAGAUAUACAUAUUUAUCAUACAAGUACUACUUAUAUACAUCACAUGAAUUCAUUUAGUGCCUUAGCUGAUCCAAACGAUCCUAUUGAUCCUACUGAUGUUGAAUUCUUCAAAUUUACAAGUCUUGUUCCAGACGCUAAAGUUUCAAUACAAGAAGGAUCUUUUGAAAUUUCAAAAUAUGAUGCUUCAGUUUCAUUAAUGGCGUGUUCAAGCAAGUUUGGAUAUUUUGUUUCAGCUACUAUAAAUGGCUUUAUCUUUAGCUCUACAAAAGCUCUUAGAAAAGCAUUUUAUGGCGCUGAAAAAAGUUCUACUGUACAAUUUGAAGGAGACAAAAUAGCUAUUUCACUUUUAAAUCCUAUUCGCCAAAUAAGAAUUACAGGAGACGAAAAACAAAUAUUAGUUGCUACUGAAGGUGCAGAAUUGUUAGUGUACAAUGUUGAUGAUAUUAAAAAAGAUAAGACAGAAGUAAAGCCUAUACAUACAUUUAAUUUAACAAACAAAAUCCUUGACUUAAGACCCAAUCCUGAAGCUCUUCUUGAAUUAGCUGCAGUUUUAUUUGAGAAUAAUCAGUGUAAAAUUAUCAAUAUUACAAAUGGAGAUGUAGUAUGUGAAAUUCCUAGUAGCGAUAUCUCAGCAAUCUGUUGGUCACCUAAAGGAAAACAAAUUGUUUGUGGUAAACUGGAUGGUAGUCUUCAACAUUUUGAUACCACUGGUGCUAGUAAAGAUGCAUUAUCUAUUCCAGAGGCUAUGAGUGCUGGUCAUGGUGAAGAAACUGAAAACAGAUAUGUCCAGGAUGUGUUAUGGAUUGAAAAUCAUAUCUUUCUUACAAUUUAUGCUCGUAAACGAACAAAUGAAGAGGAUGAUUAUAUCAAUGAUGGAUAUAUUAUCAACAGAAAACCAAAAUCAGGCACAAGCCCAGAAUAUAUUCGACUUGCAGAAAUUACACCUAUUUUUACAACUGAAGGGCGUGGAAAUCAUUUCUACAUGGAAAUUAUUCGUGGACUUGGAAAAGAAAUUAAACAUCUUGUUGUUAUUGCUAAUGCUGCUUCGAGUGAUAUAUCUGUUGUUGGAGAAGGAGAAGAUGGAGAAUGGGCAACUUGGCAAUUACCAGAGAAUGGUUUAGCCAAUUUGCCACUAACUGAAGAGUCAGCUAUGGACACAUAUCCUGUCGGUUUAGCAUUGGAUUUUUCUGCAGAUGAGAAAUUACCUCCAUUAGAUCCAAGCGAAAGUGAUAUUGAGGUUGAACCAUUCCCUGUUCUUUAUUAUAUGAAUGAUGAAGGACGUAUCGGUGCAUAUCACUGUUUUAAUUUUGAAUUAGCUCGUAGAGGUGAAUCAUAUAAAACGGCUGCAAAUCCAGCUACAGUACCUACAGCUGCUUCUACUUCUUCUUCAGCACAUAACGAAUCUACUACAUCUUCCGCACCUGCUGCACCUUCUGCUUUCGGUGUUACAGCAAGCUUGGCUAAUAAUAGUUCUUUUGCAGACCUUUUAUCUGGUAAGAAUACCUCAAAACCUGCUUCUUCAAUGUCAAGUGGAUUUACAGGUUUCGGCUUUGGUUCUACAACUGGAGGAAAUAUACCCUCCUUCUCAAGCUUAGGCUCAGCGCCCAAAAUAUCUUCUGGAUUCGGAAAUUUAUCUACAUCAAAUACAUCUACUGCACCUUCUUUCGGGUCUACAAGCUUUGGAUCAACGUUAAGUAAGCCUACAACCACUUCUACAUUGGGUUCAACUUCUUCAUCUAAUGAAGAGAAAAAAGAACAAUCCAUUACUUCAGAAAGUAAGGCAGCUGGUGGUCUUUUUGGAUCUAUAAAGUCGAAUGAGCCUCCUACAAGUGCAUUUGGAUCAUUAAGUACAACAGAAGCAAAACCAGCGGCGUCUCCAACUGCUUUUGGUUCAUCAUUUGCUAAGAAUCAAGGUACCUCUACUUUUGGAUCUACAUCAACUCUUGGUAGUGGCGGAUUUGGUGCUUUAGCCAAGAAUACUGUUCCUAAUGCAAAAUCUCUCUCCUCAGCACCGACCUUUGGAUCCACAUCAGCUCUUGUUAAUGAUUCAACUAAAACUUCAGCCCCCACAACUUCUGCUUUUGGGUCUACCUCUACCUUGGGCAGUAAUGGAUUUGGUGCCUUGGCAAAGAAUACAGUCCCUGGUGCAAAAUCACCCUCCUCAGCUCCUGCCUUUGGCUCUACCUCAACUCUUGGUGGUGGAUUAUUUGGAUCUUCUGCCAAAACAUCAUCAACUACUGCUUCUUCAACGCCUGCUUUUGGUUCCACCUCUACAUUAGGUAGUGGCGGAUUCGGUGCUUUGUCAAAGAAUACAGUUCCUACUUCUACUACUACUACUACUACUACUACUACACCCACCUUUGGCUCUACAUCCAAACUUGGAUUUGGAACAACAACUACCCCAGCUACAAGUACUGCUGUUUCUACAACAUCUACUACUACUACUACUACUACUUCAAAAGCAGAUGACAAAUCAUCACUACCAACAAUGAGUACUAAUAAUGUAAAGCCUGCUAUUACAUCAACUCCCUCAACUAAAGCAACAACAGCCAAUGUAUCUUCAGAAACAAAAGUACAGUCAGUGGUACAAGAUAGUAUGGCGAAAGAAUAUGAAAAUCUCUAUGUGACUGUUACUAAAGAUAUUGAACAAUUAAAAAAGCAUCAUGAAAAAGUGAUGGUUGGAAUGAAAGCGAACACGUUACAACUUGAACCCAAAUCAAAGAAUAAUAUUACAGAUACUGAUAAAUCAUGGAAUUUAAAUGAUGUAACUCAGUUAGGUACUAUAACUGAUGAGCUUGUUGGAAAAAUUAUUGAAGGACAACUGGAAGUUCAGAAAUUGAAAGAGGCUAUAGAGAUAGCUUUAGAAAACUGUAAAAAAGCGAUGGAUAAAAAGGAGGAUAUCAAACAUCUUUUAAAAACAGAAUUCGACCCAAUUAUUGUAGAUAUUAUGGAUAACAGAGAAUUGGAUAUUGAAACAAAGACAUCACUAGUGGCUCUUGAGACUAAAUCAGAGGCCUGUGUUAAUACACUUGAGAAAUUGGAAUUGAGGUUACAAGAUAAAGCGAAACGAAAUAAGUUAAGAAAUGAUCAUCUUGCAGGUCAACUUUCAUUAUAUUCCGUUCAUCGCUCAAUUCGAGACAUAGAAAGAGGUAUCACUCAUAAAAAUAAUGACAUUAAUGAAUUGGAAGAAAAAGUUGCAAUGAUUCGAUUAGAUGGCAGUCGACAAAAGGCGAAACAAACAUCCCGAGGAAUUUCAUGUGAAGAUCUUUCUGAUUCCGAAGAAGAAAACGACGAAAACCGAAUUAAUGCUGAAACUAUUGAAAACACAACAAGAUAUAUUCGUCGCUAUAAUUUCUUUGAUGUUAUUUGUAAUGAAACAAGCAAAAGAAAACCUAUUCAAACUAUUAUAGCCGAGUAAAGAAAUUUUUUUUCUAUGUUAAUUAUAUUUAUGUACGAUGUUGUUUAUUAUAAAUUAUGCUUAUUUUUAUGUAAUAAAAUAGCAGCUUUUUUUUUUAUUUUAUUUUAUUUUUUAAUUAU